AACUUGGACAUCGAUGAUCGACGUCGCAUGAAGCUUCUUCAGGCAGAGCCUCCAUGACGCUGCCAAAACAGCCUCCUCACAGCCACAGAUGCUUAGAACAGCAUCCACAGCGCGACACCUGUGCCGCAGGUGCAGCCGCCUCGCCUGGCAACGGCCAUCAAGAUCUUACGCGAGCUCGGCCAAGCCCGACAUCUACGAUGUGGUCUGCGUGGGAGGUGGCCCCGCGGGCCUGAGCUUGCUCACUGCUCUCCGCUCGAAUCCCGUCACGGCCGGCCUGCGUGUGGCCCUGGUGGAAGCGCAGGACCUCUCGAAGCUAAGGGCAUGGGACCUGCCACCCGGCCAGUACUCCAACCGCUGCAGCUCUCUGACACCGUCUUCUGCGAACUUCCUCGACUCCAUUGGCGCGUGGUCGCAUCUUCGGCGCGAGCGCGUGCAGCCCUUCCACGAGAUGCAGGUCUGGGACGGCGUCUCUGGCGCGCGGGUCGAGUUCGACUGGAGCAGCGCCGCAACAGCGUCGCCAGGGACGUCAGGAGAGUUCGGGGCGGAUGGUAGGGAUGUGGGCAGCAGCAGUCAGACGAUCGCAUACAUGGUCGAGAACCUGAACCUGACGUCGGCUCUGCUCCGCCGCCUGGAGGAGCUUGGUGGUGUUUCCGUCUUUGAUGGCGCCCGUGUGGAGGACAUCAGCUACGGCGAGAGGACAUCCGAGAUGGACAUGUCGCAGUGGCCCGUCAUCAGCCUGACUGGUGGGAAGCAGGUGUGGGCGCGCCUUCUGGUCGGGGCCGAUGGCGCAAACAGCCCCGUACGGACCUUUGCCGGCACCGAGGCGCGCGGCUGGGACUACGAGCGCCACGGUGUUGUGGCUACCCUGAAGCUGGGAGACGCACAGGGAGUCAAGGCCAUGAUGCUAGCACACAACGGCGGCCGCGAGACGGCGUACCAGCGCUUCCUGCCCACAGGUCCCGUCGCGGCUCUCCCGUUGCCGGAUAACCACGCCACCCUUGUCUGGUCGACGACGCCCGAGAAGGCCGCGGUGCUCAAGUCGCUGGCCCCCGCCGACUUCGUCGCCAUGGUCAACGCAGCCUUCCGCCUGAGCCCCACGGACAUCGAGUACAUGCACACGCUGUCGGCGGGCCAGGCCGACGAGCUGGCCUGGCGGCUGGAGCACACGGCGCCCAUGACGGCCGCCGAGCGCGAGAACCCGCUCGCGGUCCCGCUGCCCGCGGUCGGGGUGCAGGAGGGCACGGUGGCGUCGUUCCCGCUGCGCAUGCGGCACGCCGACUCGUACGUGGGCGAGCGCUGGGCGCUGGUGGGCGACGCCGCCCACACGGUGCACCCGCUCGCGGGCCAGGGCCUCAACGCGGGCCAGGGCGACGUCGAGAGCCUCUCGCGCGCGCUGUCGGCCGCCGUGGGCCGCGGUCAGGACCUCGGCUGCCGCCUGGCCCUGGAGCCGUACGAGUCGGAGCGGUACGCGGCCAACCACGUCGUGCUGGGCGUCUGCGACAAACUCCACAAGCUCUACUCGAUAGAGUGGGCCCCCGCCGUCGCGGUGCGGUCCCUCGGUCUUGGAGCCGUCAACGCCUCGAGGCCGCUCAAGGACUUUUUGAUGCGCCAGGCUGCAGGCAACAGGUUCAAGAUUCUGUGACGCUGAGGAGUAGACUAGAUGUGAGUAUGCGUCUAAUACUGUACCAAUAUCCAUCCCAUGGCACUAGUCUUUUGAUGCCCGCCCGGAGAUCUUUGGGCGCACUUGCAAGAUAUCUGCCUGGCUAGGCCGGCGGAGUGGUCCAAGCUUCCACAUAUCUUCCUCCUUUGACCCCACCAUUCUCAUUGUCAAGAGGUCCGUAGGAGUGUUCAGCAGCAUUCUGCGCCCCAAUAUCUCAUUGAUGGGGAAAGGCCAAGAACCGGAAAUAUCAGUACCAAUUCUGAUUUCAGUUAUAAUUCACCUGAUGUCCUGCCUGUCCAUCUAUGGCUUUCUCAUGCUGUCAUAAUCUUGUUGUUCCAUCACAGUAUCCAGGUGGCUGCAGCAUGCAGGCGUGAAUAGGAAUGCUCCUAUUGAUCUUGGAACACUCGUGUCCAGACCACGGAUAUGUAUGCCUUCGCUUUCUAGCAUUCUCCCACACAAUGGAGUGACAUGUAUGAACCAUGGGCAGCCUUCCCAUUGUCAAGUAUCUUCCAGGACUCGACGAAGCAAGAAGCCUGCAGACCUGGUGGCCC